AUGGCAGAGGAUUAUCUAGAUAUGCUGAUCGAAUGGGAGGGCCUGCCUCCUGACAGGGUGUGCUGUUUGUGCGAUGGGGAUGAAGUGCAGAAGUGCCAUGACUGUCUUGCCGAGCCGAUGUUCUGCACCAAGUGCUGCCGGACACAACACGCUCGGCUGCCUUUUCACCAGAUCAGUCAAUGGAACGGAGAUUUCUUUGAGAGGACCGCACUGACAAAGUUAGGCGUGGAGAUUCAUCUCGGGCAUGGAGGACGAUCUUGCCCGCACCACUAUUGGGACUGGGAGGACACGGAUGAUGGGGGACAAUCUGCUGCAUCCUCCAUGGCAGGAACUCCGGGUGCAUGUGAUGCCGGUGAUGCUUUCGGUGAAGGCCCAUCUGCAUCAGCCUACUAUGUAUUUUCCCAAGAUGUCGACGACACAGGAGCAGGUGAUGUAUUCUUAGAGGAGGAGUAUCCCCCCUAUGCAAAAGACUCGCCGGUGGUAGGAAAAACACGGAUAACAGUGGUCGAUACAUCGGGCGUUCACACCAUGUGGCUGUUUGAAAUUGGACUGUUCCUGGUGUCGUUCACCCGCCCAAAGACUGCAUUCACCUUUGCUUUGCUGGACAAUUUCAUCCUGGACAACCUGGAGUGUGGGACUUCGGCAAUGAACUAUUACAGUAAAUUGAGGUGCAUCACGUCCAGCAUGUUCCCGCAUUUAGUACCAGACCGAUACCGGGAGUUGAUGAGAGUGAGCAGACAAUGGCGGCAGCUGAAGCUUCUGAAAUGGAAUGGAUUCGGUCACAACAGGAAGGAUCCAAAAGAUGGGGAGCUGGCUCUUUUCUGCCCUGCAUGUCCUCAGCCCAGCAUCAACAUGACCUUACCAACAGAAGAUGAUGACACAAUGCCUGAGUGGCUGUAUUCACGUUCAUUGGUGAUGGAUGGUAACUUUAAAGCUGAGCAUCUGCACCCGACACACCCGGAAGAUGAAGUUUGGCUCACUGACGGGCAAAGCUUCAUGGUAGCCAGAGCCAGGUACCAGGCUCAUCUCGGGCUCGCCAAGGAUUUGGCGCAGAGGUCCGAAUGCAACAACCAUAGGGCGGUGAACCAGGCCAAUGCAUCUUGGCACAAGCUAGAAGCCACGGGAAUAGGAGGGUGCACAUGCGCCAGACAUGGGUGCUUCGUGCCUAAUUUGAUGGUCAAUUUUCAAAAGGGCGAAAGACAGAUGAACAUGGACUACGCCCUGAGUCACAACACGGAUGGACUUUGCCAGGCGUUGACGUUCUAUGACGUCAAUUGCCAGUACAACAAGCACCUCCAGCAGCGGGUGGACGAGAGCCUUCAUCUCAGCCUUCCUUCGGGAAUGGACAUUAUCCUGGGGAUAGGACUGUGGCACGUUCAUGGCCACCAAGACAAGUGCUAUGUUCGGUACACAUCCAAUUUCAUCCCAGGGACCGCCAGAAUAGAUGGGGAGAUCAUGGAAACACUGUGGGUGCCUCUGAACAUCAUAUCUCCUUCCGCCUGGGGAAUGUCGACCCCACACCGACAGGAAUGCCUUGAUUAUCAAAUGAACAACUGCAACUACAUGAAGAUGAUUCAGAUGGGGCUGUUCUUGUCCCGGAAAUACAAAGAGGCCAAACGAGGGGUUGCCGAAAGCACUGAGGCAUUCAAUGCAUUGAACGAUGCAGCAGAUCCGGAAAUGGUCGAGCGGUGGGAAGCGCAGGAGAGAGCAGCACAAGCCUCUCGGAUAGACGAUCCAUCAGCCCUGGACAUCUAUGACAUGCAGUUGCAAAAGGGCAAGUCUCCACGAACCCAGAAGGAGGUCGAGGUCGACUUACUGCAGACAUCCAUCUGUCACCCAGGAGAAAGACCACAGUUAGGAGCUGCCACUUGGCUUGCAUCUGGGAUCACCAUCGAGGAAAUGCAGAUCACUCUAGCAAUGGACAUCAGGAGGAUGGGAAGACACCCUACCGAGAAUCAGGUGCUGGAGAUGGGCCGUUGCCGGAUCAGGCUGCAACACUCCAUUGACGAGUUUGUUGCAACAGCAGGGAGGUAUCUCGGAGAUGACUACGAUUCUGACCAUUGUAUCCCCAACAUGGAUGUUGGGAGUCCGUCACCCGAUGGCUCUAUUCAGACCCAAAAUAGUGGUCAUCCCUCUCCCGUCCAACUUGGGAAUGCAGAGAUGCAGGGAAUUGGGCGUAGCGGGCCUGAUCAGACAAGAGAUCACCCUAAGGGAGGGACAGGCAAACGACAUGCUGCACGCCAUCAGAGUGCACCUGCCGACAAGGUGGUUCUCUUUAGGACCACAGUCCAGCCGGCCAAGUCGCAAGCCAGGACCACCUGGGCUUGGGCCCAGGUCCACUCAGUGGAACGGGUGAUCGACCUCAACAGCAUGAUCUACAAGAAAUGCAGGGCCCAGCUCCAGAAUCUCGGGGCAGACCAGCUGUUGCAAAAAUAUCGGGAGUUGGAGAAAAGCCACCUCAAAGCCACCUCUGCUGUUGCGGAUCCCAAUGCCCGUGGUCAGAGAAAUUCCACGCUGCCAUGGUUUUGGUCCCUAGAUGUACAAGGGGAUUCGGUUAGCGAUGACUGGAUGAACGAAUGUGAGUCAUUCUUCCCGGGACUUCAUUGUCGGGCCCAUGUCGACCCGGAACCCAGUUUACAGGGUGCAUUGGCUUCAGACCAAGGCUCUGCGUGA